CUAUUUUGAGAUCAGAUUAAUAUCUCAAAGUUAUAUAGAUCAUCCAUCAUGCAUAAUACUAAGAACAAAAACAACAAUGGGCUGUGGAAAUUCAAGAAGCUCAUCACCUAAAAGUCCGUACCUGCGGAAAGAAGACAUCCUCUUAAGAAUCCCCGGUGCCGUUGUUCAUCUCACCAGAGAUGGAGAAGCCAUCGAACUUGCAAGAGGAGAAUUCACAAUCCUUAAAAUCACCGAUGAAGAUGUUUCAUUAGCAACUGUUGUCAAAGUUGGCCCUCAUCUUCAAUGGCCUCUAACGAUAGAUGAACCAGUCAUCAAGAUAGACAAAUUUCACUAUCUUUUUACUCUUCAGGAUCAAGAUGGUGGAUUUUUGAACUAUGGAGUCACUUUCGAUGCAGCUAAUGGUAGUCUCUUGGAUUCUCUUGAUUUGUUUCUUAAGGAGCAUGCUUGUUUCUCGAAGCAAGAUGGUUCUAAAUCAAAGGGAGAUGGUUCAGGUCACGAGGUUUAUUGGAGGGAUUAUGCGCCAAAGAUUGAUGAGUAUAAUGGAGUGUUGGCGAAAGCGAUUGCUCGAGGGACUGGCGAGAUUGUUAAGGGGAUUUUUACUUGUAGUAAUGCCUACAGCAACCAGGUCCAAAAGGGAGCAAAUCUAAUUCAGCCAACGGCUGCAGGCAAUAAUGCUAACAUGUCUGACCGCAACAACAACAUAAAUGGACCAAACAAGACGCAUGGAGGAAUUAAUCAGAGUCUUCAAAGGGUGAGAAAGUUAUCAGAAAUGACAGAGAGAAUGAGCCAAUCUUUGCUCGAUGGAGUUCUUACAGUUACAGGAUCAGUAACAGCACCAAUAAUUCGGUCAAGAGCAGGGAAAGCUUUCUUUUCUAUGGUCCCUGGAGAAGUUCUUUUGGCCUCUCUUGCUGCUGUUGGUACUGUUCUAGAUGCAGUAGAAGUUGCCGAAAGAAAAGCUCUCGCCGCCACUUCUGGUGCAGUCUCAGGGGUAGUGUCUAAGAGGUUUGGAGAAAAUGCAGGAGUGGCAACUGAAGAUGCAUUUGCAACAGCAGGACAUGCCAUUGGAACAGCUUGGAAUUUACUCAAGAUCAGAAAGGCAAUUACCCCCUCUUCCUCUGUGUCGUCCGCGAUAGUGAAGAAUGCUGUGAAGCGAAGAACUUGAUUAUGCAUAUACCAGAACUCACAUACAUAUUGACAUUGAAGCGAAUAUGAUGCAGUGUUUUUAAGUUAAAAAGGGAAGAAAAUUUUAUAUUGUUGGUUUCAUUGAUUC